UGUUUGGCUCUUUCCACGUUAACGCCUUUCGUUUCUGAGGAAACAAACAAAACAGAUUCAGAGAAAUGAGAUAAAAGGAAAAAGAAAAAAUAAAGUUAAAAGACAAUUCUGACCCAACUAUAUCCGACGACCUCUCUUCCCUUUGUCCCUUUCGUGUAAGAAACCCUAACACGGGAGAGAGAGGUCCGAAUCUCUAUACUGUACCCUACACCACCGCCAUCCUCUUCCCUCGUGUCUUUCAGCCAAGAGAUCUGGCGCUGUAGCCGUGGGAUCUGGAGCGUGGAGGGAAUGCCUCCUGUCGAUUCGGUCGAAAUUAGGGAGGUUUGGAACCACAAUGUGGAGGAGGAAUUCUCCAUUAUCCGUGAGAUCGUGGACGAUUACCCUUACAUCGCCAUGGACACGGAGUUCCCGGGAAUCGUCCUCCGCCCCGUGGGAAACUUCAAGAACAGUUAUGAUUUUCAUUACCAGACGCUGAAGGAGAACGUGGACAUGUUGAAGCUCAUCCAAUUGGGGCUGACCUUCUCCGACGAGCAGGGCAACCUCCCUAGAUGCGGCACCUCCGACGCCCCCUGCAUCUGGCAGUUCAACUUCCGCGAGUUCAACCUGAACGAGGACGUCUUCGCGAACGACUCCAUCGAGCUCCUCCGGCAGAGCGGCAUCGAUUUCCAAAAGAACAACGCGGACGGCAUUGACGCCCGGCGUUUUGGGGAGCUGCUGAUGUCGUCCGGGAUCGUGUUGAACGACAAUGUGCAUUGGGUGACGUUCCACAGCGGUUAUGAUUUCGGGUACCUGCUGAAGCUGCUGACGUGUCAGAACCUGCCGGAGACGCAGACGGGGUUCUUCAACCUCAUCAAUUUGUAUUUCCCCACCGUCUACGACAUUAAGCAUCUCAUGAAGUUCUGCAACAGCCUCCACGGAGGCCUCAACAAGCUCGCUGAGCUCUUGGAGGUCGAGAGGGUUGGGGUCUGCCACCAGGCCGGUUCCGAUAGUUUGCUGACGUCAUCUACCUUCCGCAAGUUGAAGGAGAAUUUCUUUAGUGGCUCCCUCCAGAAGUAUGCUGGAGUCUUGUAUGGAUUAGGGGUUGAAAAUGCACAGAAUACUACUCAUUGAGACUUUUAAAUCAAAAUUUUAAAAAGAUUAUAUUAUAUUUUUAUUUUUAUUUUUAUUUAUACAUAUGUUGAAAUUAGAUUAUAAACAAAAAACUAAACAAGUGUUAAGAAAUACUUAGACCUAUUUUUGUUUGAGACCUUGGAUGUUGGGUGAAUGCAAACAUCACUUGUGGAAACUUUUUGCAUUAUGCAGUAUUUACUUAUGCCUUCUGAUACUUAAGUGCUUAUUUUCAGUUGUGCCAAAAUAUCUCCUUAAUUCUUAAAUGAUAAUGCAGAUUGCGGAGUUAGCUCAAAUCAUAUUCUAGGUAGGACUUGGAACAGUCAUGGUUGUUUUUGUUUCCAUCCAAUUUAUUUGGUACGGUGGAGUUACUUUGUCUUUGUGCACCUUGAUGCCCUGAUUAAUUUACCUUCUCUUCUCACUGUU